ACCGGUUUCCUUGAAAUUAUUGCUGUACUAUGAAGAAAAGUUUUGAAGGCUGUGAUUAACAAGUAGCUCCACCCGGUUGUUGUGGGAACUGUGAAUAAAAUUCCUACUUGUAGGUGCUUGUAAAGCAAGAAUUGGGGUAAUCCGUUUAACAGGGGGAUUAAAUGACAAAAUGUGGAAGGCGACUGUUCUGCUGACUUUGCUGAGCCUGAGUGUGACCUUCGAGCUAGGUCGUGCUCGUAAACAAUGGAGUGUCUUUCGCAACAUGUUUAAAAGGAUCCGCUGUUCCACACCAUCAAGAGGAGACCCAGGGCAGCCACUCUUCCUUACCCCUUAUAUUGAAAGUGGGAGACUUGAGGAAGGAAGGCAGUUAAGUUUGGUUGGGCCUCUCCACGGAGUAAAUGUGAAGAGUUACUCUGGCUAUCUCACAGUGAACAAGACUCACAACAGCAAUCUCUUCUUCUGGUUCUUCCCUGCUGAGGUGCAGCCAGAGGAUGCCCCGGUCCUUCUCUGGCUCCAAGGUGGACCAGGAGGAUCAUCAAUGUUUGGGCUUUUUGUUGAACAUGGCCCAUAUGUUGUCGACAAGAAUCUCAGAUUGUAUAAACGGAAGUUUCCUUGGACAUCUAAAUUUUCCAUGCUUUACAUUGACAAUCCAGUUGGGACUGGCUUUAGUUUUACUGAUGAUACGGGAUAUGCAGUAAACCAAGAUGAUGUAGGAAGAGAUUUAUACAGUGCACUCAUCCAGUUUUUCCAGCUAUUUCCAGACUAUCAGAAAAAUGACUUCUAUAUUACAGGAGAAUCUUAUGCAGGGAAGUAUGUGCCUGCUAUUGGCUACUACAUCCAUAUCCAUAGUUCCAAAGCCAAAGUUAAGAUCAACUUCAAAGGAGUUGCUAUUGGUGAUGGUUUCUGUGACCCUGAAAUGAUUCUGGGUGGCUAUGCACGAUUCCUGUACCAAAUUGGCUUGGUGGAUGAGAAGCAGAGGGAGUAUGUCCAGCAGCAGACUGACCUGGGAGUAAUUUAUAUCCAGCAGAAGAAGUGGAUGAAAGCCUUUGAAAUAUUUGAUACGCUAUUGAAUGGUGAUGAAACAAGUUCUUCCUACACUCAGAAUGUUACAGGAUGUAGCAACUACAUGAACUUUUUGCAGUGCCAGGAGCCUGCUGACCAGGAAUAUUUUGGAGCAUUUUUAUCACUCUCAGAAGUGAGGAAAGCUAUCCAUGUGGGAAAUCUUACCUUUCAUGAUGGGUCUACAGUUGAGAAGCAUUUGCUUGAAGAUGUGAUGAAGACAGUAAAGCCAUGGUUGGCUGUAAUUAUGGACAACUACAGGGUUCUGUUAUACAGUGGGCAGCUUGAUAUCAUAGUAGCAGCUCCACUGACGGAACGCUUUCUGCCUACUGUGCCAUGGAGCAAGGUGGAAGAAUACAAAAGUGCUGAAAGACUCAUAUGGAGGAUCCAUCCCCAUGACAAGGAGGUGGCUGGUUAUGUGCGCCAAGCUGGUGAAUUCUAUCAGGUAAUUGUUCGAGGUGGAGGACAUAUUUUACCUUAUGACCAACCUGAAAGAUCAUUGGACAUGAUGGACAGAUUUAUCUCUGGAGAAGGAUGGAAGACAAAUGGAUUCUAAAAUAAAACUUAAAAUGCAGUGUAUAUGUACUACCUUGCCAAAUGCUUCAGAAAUUAUUUGAAUGUACUAUAGUGAAAAUAUUGCCUUAUGGAAAAAUCAUGAAAUUGAGGAUGAGAGUAAUAAAAUGGAUAUAAAUGUU